AUGGAGGAGCAAAAGGAAUCAACGAUUACCACUGAUCAAUGUAUUGUAUUUACCAGCGAUAGAGUGGCCGCCUUCGUUGCACAGUACAGGAUUGCUCUUUUACAUUUGUCACCGUAUUAUGCGCAAGCGAAUGGUCAGGCCGAAGCAGCCAACAAAGUCUUAAUUGGGGUAAUCAAAAAGGCUGUGGAGGAUAACCCGAGAAGAUGGCACGAAGUGUUAGGGGAGGCUUUAUGGGCUUGUAGGCAAUACCAAAAUAAAGCCACUGGUUGCACUCCAUUCCAAUUGGUCUAUGGACAAGAGACAAUAUUGCCAUUGGAAAUCACGGUGCCAUCACUACGAGUGUUGAAACAGAAUUUGCUUAGUCCUGAGCAGUAUGACACAAUGAUUUUACGGAGAUUGGACUACGUACACGAGGAUCGGAUGAUGGCCUUAGAGAAUAUCAGGGCAAAUAAAAUGAAAGUAGCACGAGCUUACAACAAAAAGGUACGUCGGCGGACAUUCCAAGAAAGAGAUUUGGUAUGGAAGGCAGUGUUACCCGAAACAUUCAAAGAUAAUAUGCUCAGGAAAUGGUCUCCUACAUGGGAAGGUCUGUAUCAAGUGCGUAAGGUGUUACCUAACGGUGCUUAUAGAUUGAUGAGUAUUGAUGGGAUAGAACAUAGAAAUGUUAUUAAUGCUAAGCACCUUAAGGGAUACAUGUCACCACUCGAGUUCAAAUAA